UCUACAGAACUUGAACAAAAUCAAAUUGAUCGGGCGGAACAACUUGGAGAUUGUCAUCUGCCAAGUUUAAAAGCUAAUGCCGACGUUGCACUGACUAUGUGUGAAAGGAUAAUACAAAGAGAAAAUAAAUUUAAUACUGAUAGCAAAAUAGCUGAAAAUAGAGAACUACGAAAAGAAGAAUGGAAAAAAUUUAUCAAUGAUAUGAGUGAUAAGUGUCGUAAAGUUGACGCAACAUUUAACGAAAAAGAAGAAGAGUUAAAAAAAUUUUACGUUGACUUAGAAAAAAAACUUCAUAUCAAUCCUUAACUAUUUUUUACUUUAAAUUCAUAAUUUCAAGUAUUUUACCUAAAUAUUUUAUUUUCACGAAUAUUAAAUAUUUGGUUAUCUAAAAAUUUUUUUUUAUUUUUUCUUUUUGUUAGUUAUUUUUAUUAAUUUAAUAUGCCAGUAGAACAAAUAGAAGAUCCAUUCAUAAAGGUAAAAGCAACGCCGUCAUUAAUCAAGUUUGUAAAAAAAAAUGUAAAUAACAAAGACGCUCCUGAAAGUAUACGGUCGUUGAAAAAGUCAUCAAACAAGUCAGACUGUUUAUUAAAAGUAGAUGCUAUUAAGUGGUUAAAUAAUUAUUUGAUAGAGUACAGAAAAACAUCAGAUAGUAAAGUUUAUUUACAUGAAUUAUUGGAUGGUACAAAUAUUGAUUUGCCUAAACCUAAAGUGACACCCAGAAAUCCAAUAUUAGAAGCAAGAAUUAAAAAAUUGACGGCCCAACAAAGUAAUCGUGAAUAUCAAGCUAUGACUAAGGAAGUUGAUCCAGUUAAAAAAAGAUUUCCAGAAGACACCAUUGCAUUUCAAAUAAAAGAAAUAAAUAGACAACUUAUUGCUAUUUUGCAAUUUAUAACAACUGUGGCUUCGGCGUUUGCAUUUGGUUUUUGGGGAAUCGAACUAAUUCUUGGUAAUCUUGAUUUUGGAUUCCGUUUGUUACUUGGAAUAAUAUGUGGUCUUAUUGUUGCGUUAGCAGAUAUUUAUUUUCUUGCUAAAAAAUUGAAUGAAGAUUAUAUUGAAGUAACAAGACCAAUGCCAAUUUAUACAAAAUUACAUAAAGAUUAAUAACUUCCUGAACAAAUUUA